UGUAUCUACUGCAAAACUGAAACUCAAAAGUGUUUAACUGUCUAUUGUGAAGGACAGCUCAGCUUACAGAGAGUCUUAUCAAAAUGUUCAGUAAAUGUUCAAUAAGUGCUAAGAAGGUUGGGUUAUACUGUUACAAAAAUAAUGGUAUAAAACCAAUUAUGCAGAACCCCAAAAUAUAUAAUUUCUGAUAUCUGUAUUUGCAAAUUCUUACAUUAGAAAUAGCAAAUUUCCCAUCUUUGGAUACACAAGAAAUCCUUUCAUCAUCAGUAUAUCAGUAUCAGGAUGCUAGUCUUGGUGCUACUUGGUAUUGGAUUGAAAAGAAAACUGAAAAGUAUUGGUUUCACCCAUCCCUAGAGGAAGCCACCCGUCCUUAGUUCCUACAACUACAAAAAAGUCACAGCCACAUAAUAUAAAUGAACGUUGAUAGAUUUUAUGUAUGUACAGAUCAAUCAGAUACCUAGAACUAAAAGUUUUCCAAAUUGUAACAUUCAUAAAACAUUGUACUAACCUAAAAUCAUUAGCUAACACAGUCCGAAGGAGAAAAGUGUUUUUGUUGUUUCUGUUGUUCUCACAAUUGUUUUUUAUAUUGUGUGUUUAACACUUGCCCUGAGAUGACAAUACAAAAAUGUAACAUGACAUGUUAAUCUUUUUAGCGGCAUGUAACGGAAUGGAGGAGUAUAGUCUUAAUUUUUUGAAAAAAGAUCGUUUUUGUGGUUGUUGAUGAUGUUCAAAAUGUGUCAGCUGGAUUUAACUUGACGUGACAAGUGUGAGAAAUCAUUGUGGGCUCUCUGAUUCAUCACAACACUAACACUAAGUGAUGAUUUCACCAUUCAAUGCUACUCAGACAGCAUGAAGAUAAAAGAUCAUGGGACAGUGUUUGCAUGUGUUAGCGUGGAUACCUGUGUGUGUGUGUCUUGACUCAGAUGAAUGCACAGAAUUUUUUGAUGUAUGGCUGAACUGGUUUCCCCAUCUGAAGAAUGCGCAUGCCUUUUUACUUCACACCUGCAAAUCCACACACACCCACAAAACACACCCCCAGCUGCAGACUUAUAAGUCCACCGUCCACAAUUAAACAAGUUCUACACCAACCUCCUCACCAUCUCCAUCUCUCAGCAGCCAUGAGCAGCCGGAAGCAUAUAAGCACCACGAGUAAGGUGCAGAACUUCAGCAGCCACUCUCUUGGCUCGCACGCUGGUUCUGAAAGGACCAUACCCCGUCUGGGAAACUCGUACUUUGGGUUUGGGAACCAGCCUGCUCUGGGGUCAUCCUUCAACGCUGUGGUGGCGGACAGUAGCCUCCUGGAGCCACUGAAGCUCGACCUGGACCCGAACAUUCGUGCAAUCAAAGUGCAGGAGAAGGAGCAGAUCAAGACCCUCAAUGACCGCUUUGCCUCCUUCAUCGAUAAGGUGCGUCAUCUGGAGCAGCAGAAUAAGAUGUUGGAGACGAAGCUGCAGCUGUUACAGAGCAGCCCUCAGACUAAGUCCAACAUGGAGUCCAUGUUCAAGAUGUACAUCAGCACGUUAGAGUCUCAGCUCAACACCUUCAAGAAUAACAAGGAGCACCUGAAAGCUGAGCUCCAGAAUGUUCACUCACUGAUGGAGGACAACAAAUACAAGUAUGAAGAAGAGAUUAACAAGAGAUACACAGCAGAAAAUGAUUUUGUGUGUCUGAAGAAGGAUGUUGAUGCUGGGUACCUUGGCAGACUUAAACUAGAGGAGGAACUGUCUAAAGUUCUACAAGACUUGGACUUCUUUAAGGCCUUGUAUGCGGAGGAAGUGCAAGAGCUGAAGGAGCAGCUGAAGGACACCUCAGUGGUGGUUGAGAUGGAUAACAGCAGGCAGCUGAACAUGGAACAGGUGGUGAAGGAUGUGAAGAGUCAGUAUGAGGAGGUCUCGGCACGCAGCCGGCAGGAAGCUGAGGCCUGGUACAAGAAAAAGUUUGAGCUGGCUUCGUCACAGGUUGAGCAGCAUAGCUCACAGCUGAAGAGCGCUAAGAGUGAAAUUGCCGAGCUAAAGAGACUGAUCACAAGGCUGCAGGCAGACCUAAUGGCUGUUAAAGCAGAGCGUAAGAGCGUAGAUGAGCAGAUUGUGGAGACGGAGCGUUGUGGUGAGGAGGCGGUGUUUGACGCUAAGCAACAACUUAAAGAACUGGAGGAGGCACUGCAGAAGGCCAAGCAGGACAUGGCCAGGCAGGUUCGUGAGUACCAGGAGCUGAUGAACAUUAAACUGGGACUGGACAUUGAGAUCAGCACCUACAAGAAACUUCUGGAAGGAGAAGAGAACCGAAUUGGUCUAGAAUCCGUCAUACGUGUCCAGCCCGUGCCAAAAACCAGUCACACCAAGUCUUUGAAAACCAUCACUUGCACCAACGUUCUCGUUAAGAUGAUCGAGACUCAGGACAACAGCUUCAUCUCUGCUAAAGACUAGUUCAGAUUUAUCUUAAAAAUUCACUUUUCCUUACCUGACCCUUUGUCUCUUUCAUAUGUGAUUUGUUUUGAUAUCUUUUUUUCAAGAUUUUCUCUUAUUACUGAAAAAAUCUUAAGUCUUUAGCGGUAGAGUGAAUGGGCAAAUGGAUGUGUGUGAGUGAACAUGUUCAUGAGAGAGAGUUAGCACACAUGAGAGUGAUCUAGUGGUUGACACAAUGAGUGUGUAAAUGAUCUUUAUACAAUAAAAACAUCUUUACACAACAUC